AUGAGUAGAAAACUUCUGGGUCUAAUGCAUGAGAAUGACUUAGAAGGUAAUCAUCUAGCGAAGGAGAUGGCCCCUUCAACUCUAGCUCUUUUGCAUCGAUUAAAGCCCGCCUUCGCUCCCAUACCAACCUGGUUUGACAGAGAAUGGAGUGGAGAGAGAUUAGAAAAGCUUUUCAACCCAGGAGAAAGAAAAGACAGUGGUGGAUCAGGGAGUCCUUUUGGGCCGGCAACAGGUGGGAGAUUCGAAGGCGCGUCUUGGGGUACCCGUGGAGGUAUAGGGACCGAGUUAUAUGAUGCUUGGUUAGGUAGAGAUGCUAAUGGCUGGGGCGGAACCAAGGUAAUUAUAUUCUUUCCCCCCCAUCAUACAAUGGGACUUUAGCUGAAUAGCCUUUUAGUGGGAGAAGGAAAAUGGGAGAGUGUGUUUACCGCUGCUCUUGUUGUCACCCUUUGAGGAUAAGGGAAGACACAGGUAUUCUUCUUAGUUUGCCCCAAACAGUUUUUGUUAAGCGCAAAAGAGAAGAACUUGGAUAUAGCUUAUUAUUAUUGUGAACUACUAAAGAGAAAAGAAGGUAUCCAUGGAAUUAUAGGUUACAAUAAAUUAUAAAACGCUACUUAAUUUAACUAGAGGGUAAAUGCUAG